AUGGAAGGCAGUCGAACGGAAAGAGACAAGGGCAAGAGACGAAGAGCAGUGGUUCAUGAGAGAGACCAAGAGAGAUCUGAGGGUUUCAUGGAGCUUCACAGCAUGCGAAGCCGGUGCUGUUCGUCACAAGCUUACAUCAAAGUCGGAAUCGUCAGCGAUACACAUGGCUGCUUCGAUGCAAGACUUAGAGAUAUCUUCGAUGGUGUACAUGAGAUUUGGCAUGGCGGUGACCAUGCUGGCAAGAAUGGCAGUUAUCAAUCAGCAUGGGAUGUCCUCAAGGAGCUGAAUAACAUUGCUCCUGUAACUUGCAUGGUUCGUGGAAAUGUAGACACUUUCGCUGGAGGAAUACGAGGUCAGAAAGGAUUUUCUACCAACACCCCGCUAGAUUUCACUCUCGACUUUCCCCUCUACUCGGUCAGGCAAGGUUACACAUUUGACAAGGAGAGCCGGAAUCGACAGGAGAAUCUUCAUGAUUGCAAGUCCACAGACGAAUUCGUUGCAGAAAGACUGCAAGAUAUCACCGGCGACCCAGCCAACGCCCAAGAGGUUGUGAAUGCGCACAGACUCGAUGUCAUUGUUUUCGGUCACUCACAUCAGUCGAGGAUAUGGUACCAUGAGGGACGAUUGUUCAUUAACCCUGGUAGUGCGGGGCCCAGGAGAUUUUCUCUUCCCAAGUCUGCAUGUACCCUUGAGAUCCACGAAGAGAAGUUUAUUGCGAACAUCUACAGGUGGUAG